CUAAUGAAACAUGUCUGCAUUUUAUAUCGUCUGAUUUCGUGCUGCGAUCGCUUUCAUAGACAUUUCAUCGACCACGUACCUGGAUACCUUCGCGAGAUCAAGAUGACGAUGUCCCGUCAGAAUUUACUGGCCGCUGCAGUAGCGCUCAUCGAAGACGAGAGCGACGAUGAGCUCGACGACAUCAUCGCCCUCGCCUCGAUUGUUUCGGCACGGACUGACAGGAACAGGGUUCCCCUGUACUACGAAAAGGUGAUCGACACCUACUUCGAUUUCGAAUUUAUGCGCUUGUUCAGGCUUUCGAGAGAGACACACGCGGAGCUGGCUGGUCGAUAUGAAGCUUCGGCGUUUUACCCGGAUUCCGUUGGUGGACGACCGCAGAUUUCGGCGGAGAAGACAUUGCUGAUUGUGCUUAGUUACGUAGGCACGAGAGCCACAAUGUACCAGAUUGCGGAUCGCUUUGACAUAACGGAGUCGUCCGUUCACCUCUGCAUUGAAAGAGUUCUGAACUUUCUGAACAGUAUCAGCGCACAAAUAAUCACCUGGCCUGACCAGGAAAGACGUCGGAGGAGCCAAGCCGGCUUCCUGAGGAAAACUAAGGGGAAAGGGCCUCACAAAACGAUCGGGGCGAUUGAUGGAUGCCAUGUAGAAAUCCUGCGACCAACAGAGUCUCCGAACUCCUACUACAAUCGGAGCAAGUUUCAUUCCAUUGUCCUGCAGGGUAUCUGCGAUGAUCAAAAUCAAUUCAUCGACGUCUACAUCGGGUUCCCCGGUUCAGCGCACGACGCCCGCAUCCUGAAGGAGAGCCCCAUCUUCGAGGACGCGGAAGCCAAGUGUGCGGGUGGGUACCUGCUGGGGGAUUCGGCUUAUCCCCUGCUGCCAUACGUCAUGACCCCCUUCAAGUCUUCAAAAGCGGCCCUGCCGUCCUGGAAGACUACGUAUAACACGAAGCACGGUCAACAGAGAGUGACAAUCGAAAAUACUUUCGGGCUGCUCAAGCAGCGAUUUCGGAGAAUGUACUUGGUCGACAGCGCCAGCAUCAGACAGUGCUGCCUUGUCGUUAUGGGCGCCUGCGUUCUCCACAACCUCUGUAAUGCAGAGAGAGACUUUUUCGAUGACCUGAACAACGCCCGCCCGCCUGACCAAGUCACCAACGACGACGACCACGCGAUCCAACCGGACGACGCCACAAGGAGUCUCUCCGAGCGGAUCCGAGAGGCCAUUGCUAAGACCGAAUGUUAGGAAGCGAUAUCUACA